CCAGUUCAGCUAAAGUCAUUAUCAUACUUGAAGUGUAAUCACUAUACUAAAAUUUUACAACAGUGGAAACAUGGAUCGUUCUAUACGCGAUAAAGUUGUGGUCAUCACUGGAGCAGCUGAAGGUCUAGGCUACACCUUUGCUGACGUCUACCUUCAAAAUGGUGCUAAAGCUAUAGCCAUUCUUGAUAUCAAUGAGAAACUUGGAACAACGGCAGCGAAUACAUUGAACAAGAAGUACGGAGCGAAUAAGGCUACUUUUUUCAAAUGUGACGUCAUAACUGAUCUUGAGAGUGUAUCGAAACGCGUCAUAGAUACUUAUAAAACUGUUGAUGUUCUCAUCAAUAACGCAGGUAUUUUGAAUGAUUUUGCUGUGAAAAAGACUAUUGAUAUAAAUGUACUGGCUCUUAUUGAAUGGUCUUUGAAAUUUUGGGAGCACAUGCGAAAAAACAAAGGAGGGAAUGGGGGUACUAUUAUUAAUUUAGCAUCUAUUUAUGGAUACAGAGUCGACCAGUACCUCCCUGUUUAUCAAGCUUCGAAGUUCGCUGUUAUGGGUUUCACGAAGUCUUUGGGACACCAAUAUAAUUAUGAGAGAUCAGGCGUUCGAGUUUAUGCGAUCUGCCCCGGGUUUACAGAGACAAGUUUGGUGAAAGAAGUUCGCGUGAGUAAUGAGGCGAGGUUGCAACAAGAUAUGGAUAAUUUCUUGAAACAGCAGCUUUGGCAGAAGCCUGAAGCAGUUGGCAGAGCUGCAGUUGAGACAUUUUCAAGAGCUGAUAGUGGAACAGCUUGGUUAAUUGAAGGGAACAAACCUAUAGUACAAGUUUAAUCACAUUAUGCAACUUUUUUGGUAUUUGAGAUUUGUGAUUCGAUGUUUGAAUCAGUAGUGAUUACAACUACAAGACUUUAAAAUCCAAAAUUGUUGGAUUUUUGGUUUGAUGUAGAAUCAUCAGUGAUGAAGUGUGGAUCGAACUUUUGUUUAAAUAUCUUAUUGUGUUUGUCAUAAAAAUUGAAAUAAACGAUAUUUUCUAAAAA